AUGGAGGGAAACGCUGUCUCAGUGGUCACUCUGUGUAUGGUCCUGUUGAUGGUCAGUGGCCAUGACCAACAGAAGCCUAACUUUAUAGUGAUGUUAAUGGACGAUAUGGGAUGGGGUGACCUGGGAGUGUUUGGAGAACCCAACAAGGAAACACCAAAUCUUGACAAAAUGGCUGCUGAGGGGAUGCUGUUUCCAGAUUUUUACUCAGCGAACCCAAUCUGUUCUCCAUCUAGAGCUUCACUGCUGACAGGACGUCUGCCAAUCAGGAAUGGUUUCUACACGACCAACGCCCAUGCUCAUGACUCUUACACUCCCCAGAUCAUUAUGGGAGGAAUUCCGGACUCUGAGAUUCUCCUUCCUGAACUACUGGAGCAGGCUGGGUAUCGCAACAAGAUCAUUGGCAAGUGGCAUUUGGGACAUCGUCCUCAGUACCAUCCACUCAAACAUGGCUUCCACGAGUGGUUUGGUGCUCCUAACUGUCACUUUGGGCCUUUUGAUGACAUACACACACCUAAUAUACCCGUGUACAGAGAUGCGGAGAUGGCUGGCAGGUAUUAUGAAGAAUUUGUUAUUGACAGAAGUACUGGACUGUCCAACUUAACCCUCAUAUAUCUAGAGGAAGGGAUAAAAUUUAUAGAGAAGCAGACACUUGCAGAUGAACCAUUUUACCUGUACUGGACUCCUGACGCCACCCAUGAGCCACUGUAUGUGUCAGAAAAAUUUUACCAGACCAGCCAACGAGGCAGGUAUGGAGACGCAGUGCGGGAACUCGAUUAUGCAGUAGGUCAGAUAUUAAACACUUUGAAGAAGUUACACAUAGAGAAAAAUACAUUUGUGUUUUUCACAUCAGACAACGGGGCAGCAACAUAUGCAAAAACUGCAGGUGGCAGUAAUGGUCCUUUCCUGUGUGGAAAGCAGACAACAUUUGAGGGAGGUGUGAGAGAACCAGCCAUUGCAUGGUGGCCAGGGCAGAUACUGCCUGGACAGGUGUCCAGCCAGGUGGGUUCUACCAUGGAUCUCUACAAGACACUGCUGGACCUGGCUGAUGUCAAGAUCCCUACAGACCGAGUUAUAGAUGGCAUCAGUCUGCGGUCAACCCUGCUUAACAACACUGUUGUCCAGAGGCCUUUGUUUUAUUACCGUGGAAAUGAGCUGAUGGCAGUAAGACUUGGUGAAUACAAACUUCACCUCUGGACUUUCACCAACCCAAUAAAGGAGUUUAACAGGGGUGUUGACUUCUGUCCUGGCCAGUACAUACAGAAUGUGACUACCCAUGAACUAACACGCCAUGAUCCACCAUUACUAUUCCAUCUUGGCAGAGACCCAGGGGAGAAAUACUUCAUCAAGGGCCAUACUGAGGAAUAUAAAACUGUGGUGCCUGUAAUACAGUCGGCCAUAGAUAAUCAUAGGAAACACAUGGUACCAGGCAAACCACAACUCAACAUGUGUGAUCAAGCUGUCAUGAAUUGGGCUCCCCCUGGUUGUGACAAGGGAGGUAACACAUGCUUAAAGGGUCCACCCUCAAAGCCAUUUCUGUGUAGCUGGCCACAUUGAGAAACUAAGAUUUGUAUGCUUGCAUGAAGAAAUCAAGAAUAUUUCUGUAUAGAUGAGACCAAUGUGUUUCUGUUUGUGAGAAGGAAACAGAAUUGUUUCACUUGUAUGGUGCUGAACAAUCAAGCAUCUUUUCUGUAUGAAAUAUAAGGGAUGAUAACUAACACUAAGGGGAUGAGCAAGGACUAUUUCUGUCAGGAAGGGGACCAACUAGCAACAUUUCUGUGUGGAGGGGAACCAACUAGCAACAUUUCUGUGUGGAGGGGAACCAACUAGCAACAUUUCUGUGUGGAGGGGAACCAACUAGCAACAUUUCUGUGUGGAGGGGAACCAACUAGCAACAUUUCUGUGUGGAGGGGAACCAACUAGCAACAUUUUUGUGUGGAGGGGAACCAACUAGCAACAUUUCUGUGUGGAGGGGAACCAACUAGCAACAUUUCUGUGUGGAGGGGAACCAACUAGCAACAUUUCUGUGUGGAGGGGAACCAACUAGCAACAUUUCUGUGGGGAGGGGAACCAACUAGCAACAUUUCUGUGUGGAGGGGAACCAACUAGCAACAUUUCUGUGUGGAGGGGAACCAACUAGCAACAUUUCUGUGUGGAGGGGAACCAACUAGCAACAUUUCUUGGUGGAGGGAAUCAACAAGCAAUACUGUUGUGUGGAAGAGGACCAACUAGCAACAU